CCCGAAAUUCACUUUGUUAAUCGUCUUCUUCAUUAUCACCAGCGAACCAUUUCAAAAGUUUAAGGGGGAUUGUCCUUAACUCUGCACUGAUUUUGGCCUUCCCCCUUUGAAACAAAGACAACUUGCUUCAAGGCUGCAACCAUGGCUUCCUUCUUUAACAGCUUGUGUUGCGGUUGUGUAUGUGGAUCAUAUGACGACGAUGAUGAUUCCUUUCACGCAAACGGAAAUGUGCAACAUAUUCUGACGAUUGAAGCUUGGGAAGAGACGUUAAACUUACCAGGAAAGAUCAUUGUAGCAUGUUUUAAGGCAUCAUGGUGUGGACCUUGUAAGGUAAUUGCACCCUUUAUCGGUGACUUGUCUCGGAAAUACGAUUCGUCCUUGUUCGUUAGCAUCGAUGUCGACGAUGUUCCUGACCUGAGUGAUGAAUUCAAUAUCCAAGCCACCCCAGUUUUUUUCUUUUUUUUGGAUAGACAAGAGCUUGACAUGAUGGUUGGUUCUAAUAAAGCUGAUAUACAAAAGAAGGUAGCUUCUAUUGUAGAAUUAUAUAGUCAAGAUUUCUAAACACAUUAAGAAUUUCAUGUAAUCCUUGAUAUUAAAUUAAAUUAUUAAUGUGUAAUCAACAA